AUCCCAUCUGGACGCUCUUGGAGUCGCACCAGCUUUGAUCUCAAGCUUUGCUUGGAAUAGUUCACCCGCGCAGGUUGCAGACAGGACCGAGUGCAUGCUGUAGUCAGUAUUGAGCAUGAUUCCUCAUGGAAACGUCGCAAAACAAUUCUUAAACGCUCCGCCGCUGGCGCCAGGACAGCAGCAGCUGUCGGAUAGCACGCGCAGAAUGCCACCCAGCGAGGAUGCCAUAAAUACCUUCUUCGAGUUCACUGGCGGCGCCGUUGAUCGAGCGAAGGCGAUCAAGUUCAUAGAUGGUGCUGGAGGGAAUGCCAUGAACGCGGUGGAGGAGUAUUUCAACAAUUCGGCCAAGUACGACGAGGACUGGCAGGGCUGGGACGAGUCUCAAUUUCACGCAGAUCGCGAUGGGAACAAUGCAGCUCCGGCAGGCAUACCUUCGUUUACGAUAGACGCAGGCGAAGACCAGGGAAUCUAUCCAGGCAGCUCGAGCGCACCCACUCGCCCACCUUCGCGCAGAAGUAACUACUCCACCAAGUCGGGCCAGGAGAACGGAGUCAUCAACGGACUGGGUCAAGACUUGUCCGGCGCCAAAUACUUCGGUCCUCCGACAAGAGAUGCUGCAUACUACGCACCGGAACAAUGGGCCAUGGUCCCCGUGUCGAGCACGGCACGUGUUUACGACAACCCCGAUCCUCCAGACAGGCGGCGGAACAAGGAGAAUGGUGAGCCUGUCUGUUUCAAGCCAUUGAAAGAGAUGGACCCGCUACCGUCAUUGAUUGCGGUUUUGGGGCAGAUCCCAGGCGCAAGGAAGGCUUUAUUGUGCGAACACCUGCAGUUGCAGAACUACGGCAACAAUCCCAGGUGGUGGGACGGAGAAAGUGCGAUGGUGGGACAUCCCAGUCUGGUGGGCGAUGGUGCAUUUCCUCAGCAAGACGUCGUUGCUGAGACACAACGUCUCAUGGCAUUCAUCCAAGAGUCAGACAGAUCAUACGGGAGUGUUGAAGCGCUCGAAAAGCUUGAUGGUCUUAGCAACGAAACCACGGCCAACAUCAUAAGUAAAUCCGGCGAUUUCACGGGAGAACUACGUUUUCUUGUGGGCUGGAGCGCGGCUGCCGACAUGUUUGGCAGUGCAGUCAAUCAGAACGCCUCUGAAACCACACUACAUGGAGGUGAUGUAUUUCGAACGAUCAUGAUGCAGAGAGAAAUGGUCGACGGCAUUAUGGAAGAUACACAGCAGCCUAUCUAUCGGCUUGACUUCACCAUGACACAAUCGGAGCCAAAGCGAACGCUGUAUAAUGCCAUUGAUAGCCAGUUAUGGUUGGGCGACCCAACAGGUGAGAGUAAUGACGAGUAUUUCAUUGACCAUGCUGCUCCUGUCCUGGUCAUGUCGGUUAAGAACAAGCAUACCGUCGAAGGUGCAAAAGGGUUGGGCUUACAGGUUCCACCAAUAUUCUACGCCGAUCGAUACCUGAGACAACACGCCGCGACGAUGAAGCAAAUGCGACAGCGCAAGACUGCUCUGCGCAAUGAUUUGGUAGACAUUCAGGAGAGGAAAUCGAAGCUUGAUCAGACACCACACCCAAAGGAUCCUAAUGUGAUCCUCGAUAGGGAAGACCUUUUCAACAGCACAAUAGACCAUCUGAGGAAGCGAGGCAAACCACCUGCACGGGAGAAGCCGAAGAAUGAUGGCGAAGAUGCAACUAUGGAAGAGGCACCAGCUGUUACACGGUGGGACCUUCUGGCCGAUAAGUUGGAGAAGUACCAUAUGAAGCUGCAAAACAAAGUCAGAGAUCUUGACGAGCAACGCAUCAGGGUUGAGAAGCAGAUGUCUGAUUUGUCUAACAUUCUAACCGAGAACGACAGCACCGACUCACAACUUCAGCCAACGGAGCUCUACAAACUUCGUGGCGUGGGUAUUGGGCCAGCUUACGAAACUACAUUUGUCUACGUCGACGCUACGCCAUCUACUGCACCUUCGGCCAUGGAAGCGGACGGCCAAUGGUGGCGAUUUGAAUUCCCCUCGCACGGGAGCUGGACAGCACCGACCAAGAUUCCUGUCACGGAGGCAGAGGUUCUCACUGAGACCAGUGACGAGGCCAAGGAAGCGCUUCUUAUAUAUGCAUCCAAAUCUGCAUGCGAUCCCGCGAACCCAGCAAAUGCAGUUCCGCGACUGUGGCAUUACCUUCACAAUUUCAUACUCAAUGAUAACGUCUUCUUCGACACCGAGCUUCGCGAGUACCAAGCGCAAUUCUCUAAUGAAGUUCCAGACAGCUGGAACGACGAGAACCCACCUCCGUACGAGGAGGUCGUGGUCGAACGCGUCGAGAAUAUAGAUAUGAAUGAGAAGCGAGAUGAUUGGGUUGAGGAUCCCGAAUCUCCUGUCGCUCUUGACGCUGAGUUUUCUGCCGACACGACAUAUGAAGACUUAGAUUCGCAUAGUCCUGCCGAUGUUUUGCGUUCGGGCAGGGGUGUCAGCACCGAGAUGAGUGAGAUUUCAAGCAGUAAUCUUGCUGCUAGCGGAGUUGACGAGUACGGGAGGAUGAAUGGCAGUUACAGGCACUGGUAGGAAUGGCGAUAUUUGUAUCGUAGUGCUGGGGACAUUUCGAAUAUUCCCGUUGUUGAAGUGGAUAACCAGCUAUUCCUUAGGAUAAGCUGGGUCAAAUGUCGCUCAGACUCGAAUUGAAAUAGACCGUGAAUCUUGUCGAGCGCGGUCUCGCGGGUGUCCAGCUUUCCGCCAAUGGGCGGUGGGGCUUCCGCAUUAAGAAACAACAAUCCAAAAAUUACUCGCG